CCGGCGGAAGACAAGGGAGCAGGCUGAAGAGCAGGGAUCACUAUUUGGCAAGACACCGCCUCCCAUUCAUUUGUAACGGGACGCCAUUACUAUCAUCAUUAUUUUCUGUCAAACAAAAUGCCUUCGCCAAGGACAGUUACCAUUGUGGCGCUGUCCUUCGCCCUCGGCUUGUUCUUCGUCUUCAUGGGCACCAUCAAGCUGACGCCGAGGCUCAGCAAAGACGCGUACAGUGAAAUGAAAAGGGCAUACAAAAGCUAUGCCAAAGCAUUACCGGGCCUGAAAAAGAUCGGCAUCAGCUCUGUGUUGCUGCGUAAGAUCAUCGGCUCCCUGGAGGUGGGGUGUGGUGUGGUGCUCACCCUGGUGCCCGGCAGGCCGAAGGACGUGGCCAACUUUCUGCUGCUGCUCGUUAUGCUAGCCGUGCUUUUCUUCCACCAGCUUGUAGGCGACCCCCUAAAGCGCUACGCCCACGCUCUUGUCUUCGGCAUCCUGCUCACUUGUCGGCUCCUCAUCGCUCGUCAAAGUGAGGAUCGGCCUGAGAGGGAGGAGAGCAGGGAGGAGCAGCAGCCGCAGCAUCAGCAGCAUGUCAACGACCAGGAGAAGAACAAGGUCAAGCAGUCUUAGGGAAGGAAAACUGCAGUGAUUUUUUUUUACACUUGGAACUGGUCAUGAUCCUCUACUAUGGACAGUCAUUCCUGUGGAUGUGAGCUCAUUUCAUUGCCACACUUGCUUUAAUUCCUAAACAUAUUUAAUUUAUACGCUGCAUUUUUUAGAGCCAUUUGUAGUGUGCAUUUUGUGCAGGCUGGCUGAGGUUACAAAUUGAACCAAUUACAGCAUGUUUUUUUCAAUGGAAAUUAGCAUAAAACAAAUACUCACACACUGUAUCGUUCAUGACAUAUCCACAUCAUCAGAUACAAUAUUAGAAGACUGCGUUAGAAUACAGUCUCAGUCAACAUACAGUCCUAUUUUCCCCUCUCAUUUUUAGUAUUUGUGGAACUGUGCAUGAACAUGUUCCCAAAGUAAUGACAAUUAUCCUCUUUGGUUGUCUCCGUGAUAUUGGAAUACAACACUUCUGUCUUUGAUUGCCUGUUACAGUUGUCAGUUACAUGUCUGUUUAGAAAAUGAUGUCUUAAAGGUUCCCUGUAAGAUGAGCAUUCUGUUGGGGGGUGAGGGGUGUUGUUUUGAAAUGUUUUAUUUCUCUAAAUCCUAAAAUAAAGUUAAAAAAAACCUGA